UACGUCAAAGUCAAACUUACAUUCAUCCAUCUUUUUCUUCUAGUGUUGACAGCGGGAAGGCAAACAUGUCGGCCCACAAGACAUUUAUUAUUAAGCGCAAGCUUGCGAAGAAGUUGAAACAAAAUAGACCAAUUCCCCAAUGGGUCAGAAUGCGUACUGGAAAUACAAUUCGUUACAACGCUAAGAGGCGUCACUGGAGGAGAACCAAGCUCAAGCUGUAAGCUUACUGUCUUGUACCUGUUAAGUGAAUAAAUUUAUUUCAAAACUC